CCCUCCCCCGACCGAGUUACACUUCCCCUUCUUCUUCUUCUCCCAAGCCGGGAUCCGCUGCGCACGACAACACUCGAAUCCCACGAUCGCCGACUCCCCCUCGAGCCCAAGCCCCAGCCGGACGAUCGCCAACCCCGGCGACGCUCAGCUUCCUCAGAUAACGGUAAUGGUGAUGUCACUAAAGGCUGGAAACCUUGGGUUGAAUAUGGUGUCUGCUUGUCAAGUUAUCCUUUUGGAUUUGUGGUGGAAUCCAGCUACAGAAGACCAGGCAAUUGAAAGAGCUCAUAGAAUUGGACAGACGCUGCCAGUUACAUUAUUUCGCCUAACUAUUAAAGACACGGUUGAAGAUCGGAUUUUGACUCUCCAGGACGAGAAGAGGAAAAUGGUUGCAUCUGCCUUUGGUGAAGAUCAAGUUGGUGCAUCUGCAACUCGGCUAACAGUGGAAGAUCUCAAUUACAUUUUCCUUGGCAGAACGUAAUAUUAUUCAACUGUCUUCACUUAUCAUAUUUUGAAUGUGUUAUUUUGGCAGAAAAAAAGAAGUCGAAAGCACAUUAGUCAUGUUGUCUUGAAAGUUAAUUAUAAUGGCUACACUUGAUGCUUAGAAUUGUUUUUUAGUCCCCAUCAAAUGCACCUUAAAAGAUGUAUAUAGCAAGGUACUCAUGUUUAAGUUAUUAUUUUUUUCUUGUUGCUCAAUAUACAUAGUUCAAACUUAUAUUA